AUGUACAGCUGCCACUGUAAACUGUGCCUCUGUAGGCUGAGUGACCGUGACCUCAAGGUGGCUCAUGGAGAGCUGGUGGGCAUGCGACUGCUUUUGGAAGAUGUACUUCUGAGCAGCUAUCAUAUGAUCUUGGAGGAUCCCUCCAGACAGCAAGCCACACUGGACAAAAACACUCAGCGAGAUUUGUCCAGAGUGCCAGAAUUCAGAAGUCAGUCCCAAAGCAGCCCCAAAGCCUCCAUGCUACUGAGGGGCCCAUGCAAUGCGGUGACAUCCCUUGCCUUCCUGAGAUCAUUUCUGGUGUUGUGGAAGCAGCUGGAAGUGCUAAAGGAGCAGUGGGGCCGACUCAAACUGCAAGGCCAGGACAGCAAUUCUCUGUCCUUUCACAAAGAGUUUUCAGAACUCUACGGAACUGACAUUCUCUACCCCAGCAUGAAGGCUAUCGCUAGGCGGAUGGGGAAAGAAGACGAAUUUGAAGAUAUUAUAAUAAGUAGUCAGUCUUUUCUUCCCCCCAAAGGAGCUUCAGAAAUUGAAAUAAAAACUCAGCAGCUUCAGAAACUUCUGGAAAAUCUUGAAAUUCACAUGAUCCAAGAAGUAUUAAGAAAAGUUAACAGAGAGAUAGCACUGGUUGUGUCAGAAAAGUCUAAGGAGUGGUGUACUCUUCCUACAGACCUUUGGAAGCACCAUGUCAUGAAAGAAAACUUUUCAGUUAGCAGACCACAAAUAGUUGAGAAAUUUAUGCAGAGAUUAAUGGAAAACUACCAGGAUGGUGGACUAGAGAUCACUUUCAGGAAAGAUCACCUUGAGGCCUGCCUCCUCUCCUUGGGUUGUGAUGUGAUGGCAAGAGAACGCAGCAACUUCGAGAGCUAUUCCAUGUGUUAUGAGCAUGUGUUGGAGCAUGCUAGGCAGAAGCUCUGCCAGAAAGAGCAAGAAUUAGAUAUCAUACGAAGAGGUUCAGAUCCACCUGAAGACGGUGCUGGUCAGGUUGCAGAGCUCAGUCAUAAUAUGAUCAUGGAAAUCACGGCUCUGAGAGCUCGACUCACAGAUUUGGAAGAGGAGAAUCUGAAUCUCAAACAGCAGAUUAGACAAGAAGUCCAGGAAGAAUAUGAAGCAUUAGUCCAAGCUUUGUUUGUGACAUGUCUACACAUAAAAGAAAAGUUGGAUGAGAAUCAGAUUAAUUUAAUCCAGAAAGUAUAUGAGCUCAUUGGCGAAGUAAGAACAGAAGGGAUUGACAAUCUGAGGAGCCUCAAGAAAAAAUGGGGCUCUGCUCGACCUGAUGAAGGAACGAAAGAAAACCCAGCCAAAGAGCAGCUGCAGGCCUUGGAGCAGGACAACAGCAGCCUGGCUGUGCUGGCGUGCAAAGUGAGGAGCCUGGGCCACUGGAGGCUGGCGGCACAGCAGGCUCGCUUCCAGGGCCAGCUGAGCAGGGCAGAGAAGGAAGCGAUGCAAAGGAAGAAAGAGUGUUUGAGCAUCAAGCUAAUGGCAGAACAAGAAGCGGUUUUAUUUCGUCAACAGUUACUGGCUCUGAGGCAGGCCUUGGCCAGGGCUCAGGCUGACAACGUGAGGAUGCGCAAGCAGCAGGACAACCAGGCACAACUGCUGAGAGAGCUGCAACACAGAGUGGCCCAGGAAGCUCGCCACCGGCAACAGAUGGAUCUAAUGAAAACCUCCAGCAUGGAGAAGCUCUUGGAAGAUGUGGAGCAAAAGAAACAGCACCUGCAGCUCCUUACUGAAGCAGCUGAGAGGGCUUCCAAACUGGGCCAGCUUCAGCAGAAGAGAAUUCAGAGAGAACUCCGACAGACGAGAAGCCGGCUGGCCCAGGAGCGCAGUGUGAAGCUGGAUGCCUUCCAGCGCCUAGAAGAGCUACAAAGUCAGCUUAAUGACGCUGGGCCAUCGUCCGUCCAGAUGAGCUCACCAGGCGGCCUUACACCUCGGGCUCAGUACUCCCUACGUUCUGCUCCCACGUCAUCCAGAUACUCCCAGCAACACCUUUUAAAGACUAAUCUUAUGAGCAGUAAAAUACCAAGAAGGAUUCAAAGGCCAGACACUGUACCUAUCAAGCACCAAAAAAGGACGGACAGCAUCUUUCUACCUAAUGUAGCAGAAAAUGUUCAACGUUCAGCUUUUCAAGUCCACACAGCUCCAUCCAUAAUCCCACAAGGACCUGACUGGUAA